UCAAGUUGGCAAAAACCCCCAAAAGUCACUUUUUACUUUUGACACAAAUGCCUCUCAAACUCCCAAAAUUCACCUACGAAAUCCCCGACCGCUAUCGCAACUCCUUCUACCUCGUAAACGCCGCCUUCUUCGACCAAGUCAACUGGUACCUCCACCACGCUUACGAGCUCUGUUUCCCCAAACUAGUCACCCAACUCAAAAACCUCCAACCGAACCUAACCGACCCCCAAGCCGUCCAAAAAGUGCACCAAGUGAUCAAAAUUUUAGACCAAUGCAACUCUGUCCUAGACAUCCGAUUCCCCAUCAAGCUGGAGAAUGGUACCAAGGAGGUGGUGCGUGGGUUCCGCGCCCAUCAUGGGCUGUAUUCCGGGUUUGGUACUUGCAUGGGCGGCUUGAGGGUAAAAGAGGACUUAACGCGCGACCAUGUCAAAGCUUUGGCCGUUUUAACGACUUAUAAGCACGCCUGUAUGGGGGUGAGGCUAGCUGGGGGCCAUGGGGGGGUUAAAAUCAACCCUGGGAGGUACAAGCCGAUCGAGUUACAAAGAAUUACGAAGAAAUAUGCGGCGGAAUUGUACAGGAAGGGAUUUUGUGACGGACAAACGGACAUCAUUGAGCCUGAUAUCAACGUUGGCGGACGCGAAAUGGCGUGGAUCGCCGCCAUCUUCCCCAAGGAUUAUGAGAGAGUCAUGGUGGCUGGCAAGCCUGUCGAGCUUGGGGGAAUCCCCAACUACGAAAAAAUGGCGAGUCAGGGGAUUUUCUUCGCCUUGGAUUACUUCCUAAACAACGACGCCAUCUUGGAACGCAUCGGCAUGUCAAAAGGUGGCCUCCAGCACAAAACUUACAUCAUACAAGGCAUUGGCAAGUUGGGCGGGGCCUUGGCCAAGUUUUUGGAAAAUUGUGGAGCCACCUGUGUUGGAAUUAAAGAACAAGACGCUUUUAUUUACGACAUGGAGGGUAUAAACAUCCAGAGCGUUUUAGACUAUUUUAAAGCCAAUAAAACCAUCCUGAACUACACUAACGCAAAGCCGGUGUCAAACGAUGACAUUUUUAAAGAACAGUGCGAUAUUUUGAUUCUUGCCGCGGAACAAAAAACCCUAAAUUGCCACAUUGCGGAUAAAAUCAAGGCUAAAGUGAUUAUCGAAGGCGCAAAUGGGGCUAUCACACCCACGGCACACCGGAUUUUAACCGGCCGUAAAAAACUAGUACUUCCUGAUAUUUAUGUCUCUUCAGGGCACUCGAUUGCGUCAUAUUUGGAGUAUUUGUUUCAUUUGAAACGAGAUGGGUUGGAGUUUCCCGUUUUGAGAAACUUGUAUUGGAACAUUUUGGAUUAUUUUGAUGCGGAAAAGGUUCAAGGACAGGUUGUUUCGACCGCGACGACACAAAAAAUUCUCUGUUGUGACGUUAAGCCCGACAUUUUGUCGUACGGGAUCGAGCAUGUAAUGGCGGAAACGGGCAAAGAAUUGAUCGAAAUUGCAAAGGAAUUCAGAAUUGACUUGGAUUUGAGGACAGCGGGGUACAUUAAGGCCGUUCAGAGCAUUCACAAUUCGAUUUACGAAGCGAAAAAAUACUGAUUUUGUGAAUUCCAAAAUGUAUUAAAGUGUAAUAAAUGAUAAAUCUUCCCUGAGAA